ACCGCGUCACGGGGGAUUGUCAUUUCUAGAAACUUCUGGUUGCGACCAUCAUAUGAAUAGUGAUUAAUGCUAGCUGUGGACCGUUGCUUCCUUGCUAGUUUAUUAAUUGCCAGAAAUAUUGUUGAAUUUACGUGGCGUGAACAAAGUUCUCCCCACAUGCAGCGCGCUGAGUGCUGGGCGUGACAGAGCAGUAUGGACCCUCGAAAGGUUACAGAGUUGAAGGCCUUCGUGCAGAUGUGCGAGUCCAAUCCCCAGAUCCUGCACCUGCCAGAGAUGAGCUUCUUCCGGACCUGGCUGCAUGGCAUGGGCGCAACAAUCCCGGUCCCACCCAACACAAAGGGUUCAUGCCAGGGUGGCUGUCCUUGUGGCCCUUCACCUACAUCUACAUCAGCUCCACCUCCCGAGCCUGAGCUAUCUGAGAGUGAGGAGAGUGAAAUAGAAAUCGACAACGAUGGAGUUAUCGAGCCAGACAAUGAUGAACCACAGGAAAUGGGAGAUUUUGAAAAUACUGAGAUCUCAGAGGAGAUGAUGGAUCAGGCCAAUGAGAAGAAGAUGGAUGCCAUCAAUGCUCUAGGAGAAGGCGACCUGCAGAAAGCUCUGGAUCUUUUUACUGAAGCCAUCAAGCUGAACCCUUGCCUCGCCAUCCUAUACGCCAAGAGGGCAAGUGUCUUCAUCCAGAUGCAGAAACCCAACGCAGCCAUCAGAGACUGCGACAGAGCCAUCAGCAUCAACCCAGACUCUGCACAGCCCUACAAGUGGAGGGGAAAAGCUCACAAGCUGCUGGGCCACUGGGAGGAGGCAGCCAAGGACUUGGCCACAGCCUGUAAACUGGACUAUGACGAGGCCGCCAGUGAGAUGCUGAAAGAGGUCCAGCCUAAGGCUAAGAAAAUCAUGGAGCACAGACGCAAAUAUGAGCGCAAAAGAGAGGAGAAGGAGAUCAAGGAGAGACAAGAGCGGAUAAAGAAAGCCAGAGAGGAGCACGCGCGGGCUCAGAGGGAGGAGGAAGCGCGACAGUCUGGAGGAGGAUUCUUCCCAGGUGCUGCCGGGUUCCCAGGCGGCGCCCCCGGUGGCAUGCCUGGUCUGGGAGAUUUCCUGAAGGAUCCUGAACUGCUCAAUGCCAUGAAGGACCCCGAGGUGAUGGCUGCCUUCCAGGAUGUGGCUCAGAACCCAGCCAACAUCGCCAAGUAUCAGAACAACCCCAAAAUCAUGGCCCUCGUCACCAAGCUGAGCGCCAAAUUUGGAGCACCACCACAGCCGUAGACAGAAAAAGGACCAAAGCCAAGAGGGGAGUGGAUAUGUGGUGGAGAGCCACAACACAGAUCAAACAGGGGGAGUGGGUGACGGGUUCAUUGGUGUGAUGUAGAGAAAGCGUGGCGAGUUCUUUUUUUAAAUGUUCUAAAUCAGCCUGUUAGCACUGUUAGCAAUGUCUCAACAAACCAACCCAAUGGUUAGGGGUCAGGUGUGACAGCCACUCCUGAUCGGUCUCAGCUGGGACUUCACUUAACUACAGGUUGACGUUUGUUAACCUGCAUCUGGAAACGCUAAACUGGGAGCUCAUGCAUUAAGACACUAGCUCCGAAACGUUUCUACAGCCAUUUAAUACAUGGUAAUGUUAUAGCUACCGGCCUUUUCUUUCUCCGAGCAGAGCCGAUCUCUCACACACAACUUUCAGUACCUUUUUGUUAACAGAUCUAUUAUUAAAGAUGCAAAAAAGUUUACUGAUUUCGAUGUCUAUGUUGGUAAAAAAAAAUAAUAAAAUGAUCCACAAUAAUAAAACCUCUGUUGCUGCAAAACA